AUGGGACUGCUUGAGUUUAUAAAGGAUUAUUUUAUUGGUUUCUGGGACUAUGAGACCCCGAAGGUAAUGGUGGUUAAAAACAAAAAACUUGGAGUCAUAUAUAGGGGGGUUCAGGUUUUUGUGAUCACCUAUUUCAUCUGGUAAGCACUGGCCUCCUGUUUAUGCAUGCAUUAAAAAAUAGAUAGACAAAAAUGUGAUUUGAAUUAGUGUUGUUUUUGUGUGUAACUAUCCUGACUUUUUCUGUGAUAGAGUAUUUCUGUUGCAUUAUCUGUGACCUGCCUUAGAUAAUGCAGAUAUUUUGCCAAACAAGGCAACGUUAAGUCUGGUAUUGGAAAGCAUAAGAAGAAAAGAAAGGUACCUUAAAAAAAAUAUAGGUUGGCUUGUAAGGUCAGAUCGAAUGUUCUGUCAGUGUACCCAUAUUAUUGCUUUCAAUAGCUUUACAAGCCACUGUGAUGUGAAAUGAGUCAUUCGCUGAGAAUAGCCCCUUUGUGGUGAGGAAAUGCAUUUCACUCGCAAUUAAAUGCAUCGAUGGUAACCACAUACAGUGGGGAGAACAAGUAUUUGAUACACUGCCGAUUUUGCAGGUUUUCCUACUUACAAAACAUGUAGAGGUCUGCAAUUUUUAUCACAUGUACACUUCAACUGUGAGAGACGGAAUCUAAAACAAAGAUCCAGAAAAUCACAUUGUAUGAUUUUUAAGUAAUUAAUUUGCAUUUUAUUGCAUGACAUAAGUAUUUGAUCACCUACCAACCAUUAAGAAUUCCGGCUCUCACAGACCUGUUAGUUUUUCUUUAAGAAGCCCUCCUGUUCUCCACUCAUUACCUGUAUUAACUGCACCUGUUUGAACUCGUUACCUGUAUAAAAGACACCUGUCCACACACUCAAUCAAACAGACUCCAACCUCUCCACAAUGGCCAAGACCAGAGAGCUGUGUAAGGACAUCAGAGAUAAAAUUGUAGACCUGCACAAGGCUGGGAUGGGCUACAGGACAAUAGGCAAGCAGCUUGGUGAGAAGGCAACAACAGUUUGCGCAAUUAUUAGAAAAUGGAAGUUCAAGAUGACGGUCAAUCACCCCUUGGUCUGGGGCUCCAUGCAAGAUCUCACCUCGUGGGGUAUCAAUGAUCAUGAGGAAGGUGAGGGAUCAGCCCAGAACUACAUGGCAGGACCUGGUCAAUGACCUGAAGAGAGCUGGGACCACAGUCUCAAAGAAAACCAUUAGUAACACACUACGCCGUCAUGGAUUAAAAUCCUGCAGCGCAUGCAAGGUCCCCCUGCUCAAGCCAGCGCACGUCCAGGCCCGUCUGAUGUUUGCCAAUGACCAUCUGGAUGAUCCAGAGGAGGAAUGGAAGAAGGUCAUGUGGUCUGAUGAGACAAAAAUAGAGCUUUUUGGUCUAAACUCCACUCGCCGUGUUUGGAGGAAGAAGAAGGAUGAGUACAACCCCAAGAACACCAUCCCAACCGUGAAGCAUGAAGGUGGAAACAUCAUUCUUUGGGGAUGCUUUUCUGCAAAGGGGACAGGAUGACUGCACCGUAUUGAGGGGAGGAUGGAUGGGGCCAUGUAUCUUAAGAUCUUGGCCAACAACCUCCUUCCCUCAGUAAGAGCAUUGAAGAUGGGUCGUGGCUGGGUCUUCCAGCAUGACAACGACCCGAAACACACAGCCAGGGCAACUAAGGAGUGGCUCCGUAAGAAGCAUCUCAAGGUCCUGGAGUGGCCUAGCCAGUCUCCAGACCUGAACCCAAUAGAAAGUAUUUGGAGGGAGCUGAAAGUCCGUAUUGCCCAGCGACAGCCCCGAAACCUGAAGGAUCUGGAGAAGGUCUGUAUGGAGGAGUGGGCCAAAAUCCCUGCUGCAGUGUCUGCAAACCUGGUCAAGACCUACAGGAAACGUAUGAUCUCUGUAAUUGCAAACAAAGGUUUCUGUACCAAAUAUUAAGUUCUGCUUUUCUGAUGUAUCAAAUACUUAUGUCAUGCAAUAAAAUGCAAAUUAAUUACUUAAAAAUCAUACAAUGUGAUUUUCUGGAUCUUUGUUUUAGAUUCCGUCUCUCACAGUUGAAGUGUACAUAUGAUAAAAAUUACAGACCUCUACAUGCUUUGUAAGUAGGAAAACCUUCAAAAUCGGCAGUGUAUCAAAUACUUGUUCUCCCCACUGUACAGGUUAAUGUCGUCAAGCGGGACAGCUGUAUUCUAAUUGGCCAUUACUGACCACCAUCAUUGUGUAAUGUGAUCCAAAUAGGCCAAUUUUCAUAGAUUUUGUUUUUUUUAAUGGUCCUUUAGAGGAAGAUGUCUCUCUGUCUACUGUACUGAUAAACAUUAUAUUUCAGCAUUGGAUUUUCAAACAUUUCAAAUAAAGUUGAUCAUUUUUAAGUAUCCUUCAAAAUCUAUAUAUCAUAACCCAUAAGAGAUCUGAAUUGAUAUCUUCAUUGUCUGAAUAAGCACAAGCAUGGCAAUGCAGUAAAGUGCAAUUAAAAUCACCCUGGAGGGAUUGAAUUUGUCCUCAGAACAGAAGUUAAUCUGCAUCUGUCAUAUCGCCCUACUACAGGUAUGUCUUUAUCAGUCAGAAAGCCUAUCAGGACAGUGAGACGAGGCCAGAGAGCUCAGUCUACACUAAAAUGAAAGGCACAGCACUGCAGGGGGACCACGUUCUGGACAUGGUGGAAUAUGUCCGACCCUCAGAGGUAAGCCCACUUGAGAGCAUCAAUUUCGCUCAGUCCCAAGAUCACUGAUAGAGCAACCUGACUGAUCUAUAAAUAAUAGUAGAUAUUUUAGGAUAAAGGGUGAUUUGUAGAUCAGUCAGCUUGCAGUCACCGACUGCAAUGCAGUCCAUUCUGAACAUGCACUUUGUCUCUUUGUUCAUAAAGCAAGGAUUAUAGGUCAAAUAGAUGUCCUAUAGAAGAUGCAAUUUGUAGCUAGCUACUGUAUGUUUUUAACAUGUAGCCAAUGUGAUUACCAACAUAUACUGUAUAUUCUUCUGUGUGGCAUUGCACCUGCAGGGCGGUGACGUGAUCAGCACAAUACUGAGACGAGUCGUCACACACAACCAGAGGCAAGGCACGUGUGCUGAGGUGAGAGGUCACAACCAUUCCCCACACUCAUGUGUUCUCCUGAAACCAAAUAUGAGCUAAAUAAAAACUGCAGUCGUUUUCACAUGAUCAAUACUAGGGCUUUAUAUUGAGUUGUGUGCUUUGCUCCAUACCCUACUAUUGCAACUAGCACUGUCUCCUGGAAAAGAUACCAUCACAGAGAAGGAAAGCCAGUUAAUGAUGCCGUCUGAACUAUGAUGUUUUCUUUUUUUCUUAGCAUUUUACCGUUCCCAAUGCCAACUGCUCAAAGGACUCGGACUGCAUCUCAGGAGAAGUGGACUUCGAUGGCAAUGGUACGCACUGUAAAGGAGGGGAUGAAGUGAAAAGUCUCACUAAGCCAGAUGUUCUAUGAGUCUGUCUGUCUGUCUGUCAGUAUAUGGUUUUUCCAGCUAAUGCAUUUAGUCUGAUGUGUUUCCUGUAGGACAGAGAACUGGGCGCUGUGUUCCCUAUUACAACCAGACCUUCAAGACCUGUGAGAUUCAGACCUGGUGUCCUAUUGAGGACUAUGCGGCAAUACGGUAAGGGUCAAUAUCAAUAUUACAUUUUAAAUAGGAGGUAGUCAAAAACAGAACUACUGUCUCCCUAAUCUGGAAUAAUUCACUUGUAAAAUAAUUGUAGCACAAGGGUCUAAGCUGUUGUUGUCUCCUCCAGGGAGCCGGCGUUAGAAGAAGCCAUCAAUUUCACUGUUUACAUCAAGAAUGCCAUCCAUUUCCCCAAAUUUAAAGUGCUGAGGUAUAGUAUGAACCUCAACAACACACACACACAUGCAUGUACACAGACACACAGUCACACACACAUCAACCUCAACAACACACAGAAUGCAAAACCCACGCACGCACCCACUCACACACACACACACACACACACACACGCACCUCAGGCUGCAAUACAAGUUCAAUGCACUGACAAGGAGCCAUAAGUAGGUGAUUUAAAGAACUGUAUGAUAUAGGAAACUGUAUCCCCGUCAAAUAUGCAGUCUCAACUGUUUCUACAAGCAAUCUUCUCUUAUCUCUUUGGCAGAGGAAACAUCAAACCAAACAAACGAAAUGGGCAGAAAUAUCUGAAUAAGUGUCAUUACAAUGAGGAGAAACACCCCUACUGCCCCAUCUUCCGGCUGGGUUACAUCGCAGAACAGGCCAGGGAGAAGUUCAGCGAGCUCUGCAGGACUGUACGUUUACACCCGCAAUAUACAUACAGUGGCUUGUGAAAGUAUUCAACCCCCUUGGCAUUUUUCCUAUUUUGUUGCCUUACAACCUGGAAUUAAAAUGGAUUUUUGGGGGGUUUGUAUCAUUUGAUUUACACAACAUGCCUACCACUUUGAAGAUGCAAAACAUUUUCUAUUGUGAAACAAACAAGAAAUAAGACAAAAAAACAGAAAACUUGAGCGUGCAUAACUAUUCACCCCCCCAAUGUCAAUACUUUGUAGAGACAUCAUUUGCAGCAAUUACAGCUGCAAGUCUCUUGGGGUAUGUCUCUAUAAGCUUGGCACAUCUAGCCACUUGGAUUGUUGCCCAUUCUUCAAGGCAAAACUGCUCCAGCUCCUUCAAGUUGGAUGGGUUCCGCUGGUGUAGAGCAAUCUUUAAGUCAUACCACAGAUUCUCAAUUGGAUUGAGGUCUGGGCUUUGACUAGGCCAUUCCAAGACAUUUAAAUGUUUCCCCUUAAACCACUCGAGUGUUGCUUUAGCAGUAUGCUUAGGGUCAUUAUCCUGCUGGAAGGUGAACCUCCGUCCCAGUCUCAAAUCUCUGGAAGACUGAAACAGGUUUCCCUCAAGAAUUUCUCUGUAUUUAGCGCCAUCCAUCAUUCCUUCAAUUCUGACCAGUUUCCCAGUCCCUGCCGAUGAAAAACAUCCCCACAGCAUGAUGCUGCCACCACCAUGCUUCACUGUGGGGAUGGUGUUCUCGGGGUGAUGAGAGGUGUUGGGUUUGCGCCAGACAUAGUGUUUUCCUUGAAGGCCAAAAAGCUCAAUUUUAGUCUCAUCUGACCACAGUACCUUAUUCCAUAUGUUUGGGGAGUCUCCCACAUGCCUUUUGGCGAACACCAAAUGUGUUUGCAAUGGCUUUUUUCUGGCCACUCUUCCGUAAAGCCCAGCUCUGUGGAGUGUAUGGCUUAAAGUGGUCCUAUGGACAGAUACUCCAAUCUCCGCUGUGGAGCUUUGCAGCUCCUUCAGGGUUAUCUUUGGUCUCUUUGUUGCCUCUCUGAUUAAUGCCCUCCUUGCCUGGUCCAUGAGUUUUGGUGGGCGGCCCUCUCUUGGCAGGUUUGUUGUGGUGCCAUAUUCUUUCCAUUUUCCAAUAAUGGAUUUCAUGGUGCUCCGUGGGAUGUUCAAAGUUUCUGAUAUUUUUUUUAUAACCCAACCCUGAUUUUUUUUUUCAUUUCACUUCACCAAUUUGGACUAUUUGGUGUAUGUCCAUUACAUGAAAUCCAAAUAAAAAUCAAUUUAAAUUACAGGUUGUAAUGCAACAAAAUAGGAAAAACGCCAAGGGGGAUGAAUACUUUUGCAAGGCACUGUACAUACAGUCAAAAUGUAUAUCCCAUUUUACAAAUCAUAUUAAGUAUAGAGAACACUUAUUAUUCAGGGCUCACAGGACACACAAAGACACAAUCUUCCAUCUAGGUCUAAUGUCUCUAACAAUAUGUGUGUCUCUAAUAUUUCUGAAUCUGACAGUGAUUACUGAUAACGGAAAUAAUAGAUAAUGGCAAUAAAAAAUAAAAAAGACAAUCAACAAUAGUGAGGAAUGUGAAGUUGUGUUGGAUAGAGCACUGUAAUGGUUUAGUUAGAGAGCUAAUGGAUUGUAUCCUGUCAGGGGGGAGUGAUUGGGGUCUUCAUUAACUGGAAGUGUGACCUUGACCUGGACCCCUCGGAGUGUAAACCCACAUACUCAUUUCGUCGCCUGGACCUUCGGAAGAACCUGCCCAGCUCUGGUUACAACUUCAGGUGAGCCUCUUCAUAGCAUCUUGUGAAUGCUUGGGUCGUAUUCAUUAGUGCACACCACAGCAAAUGUUUUGCAACAGAAACCGGAAACAAGUGUUUCUUAUUGGACAAGUUCAAGUGGUUCCUCCCUGUUUUAGUCAGCUUUCUUCCGUUUGGUGCUUAGUGAAUACGACCAUCUCUUUACUCUUGCCAUCUCAUUUACAUGACCUACUGUAAUAUUUUGAGACUAUUUCUGCUGUAUCUUGGUAAUGAAGAGGCAUGGAGGACUCUUUCCCCCUUUUUCUAUGGUUGUUUGACUUUGACAAUUCUGUUUAGAUUUGCCAAGUAUUACAGCAAAGAUGGAGAAGAGUUCCGGACACUUAUCAAGGCCUUUGGGAUUCGUCUUGAUGUCAUAGUUCAUGGACAUGUAAGAAGUUGCUCCUUUAACCUCCUUCAUCAGUACUCAAUUCAUCAAUAACCAGUUGAUCAGAACAAUUAGUUAGUGACAUACGGUUAUGCACUUAGUCAAUGUCAUACUCUGUAAUAAUUCAUCUCCAGGCUGGACGAUUCAGCAUCAUCCCAACUAUCAUCAACACAGUGACAGCCAUGACAUCAGUUGGAAUAGUGAGUUUGAUUCAGCACUCUUGUGGUAUGAGUUGAUAUCUGUUUGUACAGUACCAGCUUCCAGUAAUGGUUGUGCCAACUCCUACUCAUUCAUUGACGUUACUUUUAUUCAUUCCAGUGUUCCAUUAUCUGUGACUGGAUCAUGCUCACUUUCAUUGACAAGAACGCUAUCUACAGUGGCAGAAAGUUUGAUGAUGUAAGAAAAAAACAUUUUGAUUCUAUACAUAUAUUCAUGAUCAUAUUUAUUUUAUUCUGUUAACCAUUUUCUGCUAUAUCAUAGCCCUUAUCAUUGAUUGCACAUCCAGUUAGGUAAUGUAGCUCCCAAAUAAUAUAGGAGUUUAAUGUGUAAAAUUAUUCAUAUAAUAUAGUAUUUCAGUCUUAGUCCCUAUCUGUGAGUUAGCAUUCUUCCAAAGAAAUGUUAUGUUAUUCUGACUGUAUAUUUCUACAGGACAGUAAAGUGCCCAACCCCAGCCAGACCCUCACAAUUCCCACAGAAUUCAACAUCAUCAGCUAUGGCUCCACCCACUCAGACCUGUCAGAGGGAGUGGCCCUGUGACGUCCCCCCCAACAGUGCCCUCUGGCCACAUCAGUCUUUGGCCACAUGCAUGGAUGAUGCUCUUCCUCAGACACCUGACUGCUGAUCAGAUGGACGGGACAGACAGACGGCCUUUCCCCCCAAGCAGUCUCAGAUGUCCUCAGAGAGACCUCCUUGAUGGGCAACCUAUGUCCCUGCGGGAUUUAACUGAAAGACAGCUAAGACCACUAAGACAUCCUACUUAGUUAGAGUGCCACCAGUUCUUUCACUAAAAGCAAUCUCCUAUGAUGGGUUAGUGUAAAUUUUUCAUGAAAAUUCCUGUUGAUUCAGGAAUUGAAUUAGACUCCAAUGGAGAGAUUCCAUGUCCAGUUCAACUGACAGGGACUGAAAUGGUACUGACCCCAACUGAAUCUCAAAUAAUUGCAA